UUAUUAAUGCUUUCUUUGUGGCUGCUGCUAGAGCUAGCCCGCAGCCGUGCGACUCUGACGGCUCCACAUCAGGCCGUCUGACUCAUAAUAAUGGGGAAGAAGAAUCGUUUUACGAGUGGAGCAGUGGGUCGGAGGACAAUAUUACAGCUUUCACCACCCGGUUCCCGCGGUUUGAACAGCGGAGAAACGCACUCGGGGUCUGAAGAUGAACAAGACGGGGAUGCGCCAAAGUUCUUACGAGACAGACACUCCAAAACAAAGGCCCCCGCGGUUAGGGCCACAGAGGGUUUGUCUUUGCUUGGCGCUUAUGAGGAUAGUGAUGAUGAAGAUGCCGGAGAACGGGCCCCUGUCACGUCUCAACACAACCAGUCUGCAGACAUCGAUAGUACUUUGGCCGAUUUUAUGGCUGAAAUUGACGCAAUAACUACCCAGCCAACCGCAGAUGGUGGAGCAUCUGAUAUAACUGCAUCUAUACCAGCAGAGAAUAAUACUCAUAAAUCUGAUGGUACCGAAACACAACCAAAUGCAGAUGCUGCUUUUGAAUACAAUACUCAGGACUCAUUAGCUGGAGUGGGAGUUGAAAUGGGAGACUGGCAAGAGGUAUGGGACGACAACUCUGGCUGUUACUACUAUUGGAAUACAGUGACUAAUGAAGUGUCUUGGGAGUUGCCUCAUUACUUGGCUGAUCAAGUUCAAAGUCUUGGAAAACAUCCAACCAGCUCUGAUGUUAAUGGUAACGCCGUGGUUCAUGAUGAUCACCAUACGGAGGAAGCAGCUACCAAAGACGCUGCCUUGAUGGAGACUAAAGCUCAAAAAGAAGUUAUUGAAAGUGUCGUGGCCCUUGCCAACGAAGAGGAAGAGCGUUGUGGAGUUGCUGCUACUCUUUUGGGGCCUUUAAUUUCAUCUGAAGUAAAAGAGGCGGAGGAAAAAUGGAGAAAGAGACUGCUUAAAGGUUUAGAUGAGACUGAACAUUCUUUAGAUUCUGAUGGAGAAGGUGGAGGGUCCAUAGAAUCCCCUUCUGUGGCGUUGUUGGACCAGGACUCUGCUCUCAGUGAGAAAGAUGUGUCUGUCAAGAAGCAGUCAACAGAUAACUCAGACGCUGAAGGGCCUGAGGAAGAUACAGUGGAGCUGGAGUUGGCUCUAGAGCGAAAAAAAGCUGAGUUGAGAGCCCUUGAAGAUGGUGACGGAAGUGCUGGGGGUUCUAGCCCUUGUUCUGAGGCUAGUCAAGAUGCCACAAAUUCCGGGAGCACUCUGUUCAAGAAGAAACGCUGGAAAACUGUCUUUCCUGCUGCUCCCAGCCCAGACUCCAAUAGCAGAAGUUCUAACGUACCGGAAAGCACAGAGACAGCUCUCCCAAAAGUCAUUGAUGGAGUUGUGCAGGGAGAAGAGAAAGAAAUGGAGACUAACGAUCCUGAGGACGAUGAUGCAGAAAAUCCUUCAGCUAAAGAAGAAGUGGAAACGCCAGAGCUUAAGUUUCAGAUAGGAGAACUUGCCAACACCUUAACCAGCAAGAUGGAGUUUCUAGGGAUAAAUAAGAAAACUAUCUCAAAUUUUCAACUUCUUCUUCUGCAAACAGAGACAAGGAUUGCUGACUGGAGGGAGGGUGCUCUGAAUGGGAUGUAUCUACGCCGCAGGCUGCAGGAAGCUGCUGAACACAUAAAAUAUUACGAACUUAACGCCACACCUAAAGGCUGGUCCUGCCACUGGGACAGAGAACACAGGCGGUAUUUUUAUCUGAACGAGCGGACAGGUGCAUCACAGUGGGACUUUCCUACAGAGGAGGACAAGGGAGAGGAUGCCAAAGGAGGAUCAUCUGCUGCUAAACCCAGCACAUUGUGGACCUCAUCCCAACCUCCUCUUCCAACUACCCCACCACCCCCCCUCUUCAGCAGUUCACCCCCCCCACCAUUGCCCCCCGAUUCUCCACCAACGCCUCCACCUUUGCCUGACAGUGAUUCUGAGAUCAUGGAGGUGGAAAUGGAGAUGGAUGACGAUGAUGGGGAACCUCCGGCCCCUGGCACAGAGGAGGACAAUGGGCCUCCUCUGCCACCGGGCAUUACCAACACAAGGAUUGUAGAGUCAAGUGCCUUUGGGAGGACUCUCAAACGCAAAGCUGGUCAGUCAAGUAAAACUGUUACAAUUGGAAGCAAUCCCAUCCGUUACUCUCAACCUAUUGCCAGUGCAGCUUCGAUAAUCCCCGUGGCUGCUUAUUGGGGUGUGCCAGCUGUUCCUCUUGUGCCUUCUGAGCCCCCUAUGCCACCACAGCCUCCACUGCCUCCACUGCCUCCACCCCAACCACCCUCAGAACCUCCUCCACCCAAACCCACAGAGAAAAUUAAAAAGACCAAAAAUAAGUCUAAGAAAGUUAAAACCAAAAUGCCAUCUUUGGUGAAAAAGUGGCAGAGUAUCCAGAAAGAACUGGAUGAGGAAGAAAAAAGCAGUUCGAGUGAUGACGAUCGAGAUCUGCUGAACAAGAAAAGUAUAGAGGAAUGGAAGUAUCAGCAGCUCAUGACGGGAAAAGCUUCGAAAAAUGCCAACUUUGAAGCAAUUCCAGACAACUGGCGGGAAAGAAUAAAAAAACGAAAAAUGAUGAACAGCACAUAACGGUUAAUCCAACUGUGUCUGCCUUAUUAAACUAACAUCUAUUUAAACUAUAAAACACGAUUGAGGUCAGUUACCACUAUGACAUUUUGUGGUUGAAUGUUUGAGAAGUUAAGAUUGUUGUGCCAUAUGGUCUCCUUCAUCCUUGUUGGCUCAUUACAUCAAGUUAUGACCACAAAACACAAGACAUUUGUGUAUUUUAAGGGACAAUUUUUCAGCUCAACUGUAUAUAUGUGUAUUAUGUUGUGAUUAUAAAUGAUGAUAUGGAAUGGGAGGGGAACAUUACAUGUACAUUUUGUAUUUAAAAUGUUAUUAAAUGUGUUUUUCCACAUUUUGCUUUUUU